AGUGCCUGACACAGCCCUGCACUUGCAGUUACAUUAUACACCGGCUGGAUGACAUGGACCCCGCUGCUGGUGUGUAUUUCAUGGAGGCUGUUGUCCCCGAAUCUGAGGAGAUUCUCUCACAGUGUGGCCGGCAGCAACCAGGCAUACAGGAUAAGAGCGUGGCUCUGAAGUCCUGAAGCUUUCCUGUUGGGCUGAAGGCUGAAUGUAGGAACCUCCCACCCCUCCAAUUCAUUUCAGAAGCCGGACCUGCGGGCCCCAUUCACCAGCAUCCUUUGUCAUCCUCAGCAUCCACGAUGGAUGAGAUACCGGAGCCCCCAGCCAUGACUGUCCACCUCCUGGCCAACGCGGGGCAGGGCUUGCUUUUGCAGCAAACCCUGGAUCGGCUCCUAGAUUGCAUUUGCCCAGAUAUCCGUCUCUUUAUUGUGUCUGAGCGGGCCAGUCCAGUGAAAUACUACGACAAGUGCUACUCCAAGCGGUCACGCUUCCCGGGGAUGUCUGUUCUGCUAUUCUUGCACGAGAACCUAGGUGAGGAGAGGCUUUUCCGCGUGCUUGACUCCCUACAGCAUUGGCCGUGGCAGUGCUACCCCACGCAGAACGCCCAGGGAAGACCCUGCCCCUACAUUCUUGCCAAUCAGGAAUUCUACAGUCUGGACAGCCAGAUGCCCAUCUGGGGCGUGAGGCAGGUGCACUGUGGCACUGAGAUCCUGAGAGUGACACUCUACUGCAGUUUUGAUAACUACGAAGACGCCAUCCGGCUCUACGCAAUGAUCCUGCAGAGAGAAGCCACCUUGCAAAAGAGCAACUUCUGUUUCUUCGUGCUCUACUCCACUGAGACCUUCGCCCUGCAGCUCUCCCUGAAGCAGCUGCCCCUCGGAACAUCGGUGGACCCCAAAGAGGCUUCAGUGUUGCAGUUCAAGGUCCAGGAGAUUGGCCAGUUAGUGCCUCUUCUACCCCAUCCCUGUGUCCCCAUCAGCCGCACCCGGUGGCAAACACAGGACUAUGACGGCAACAAGAUUUUGCUUCAGGUCCAGUUGAAUCCAGGACUUGGUGUGAGGAAUGGUGAGCCUCCUUUGCUGAAUGACACCUCGGGAGCUGACACUCUUCCCCAAGGCUCCAGGCUGAUCCCUGUCUCUGCAAUUAGGACCCUAGAGUUGAGGAGUCGAAGGAGUCGGGGCAGGAGGUUCAAGGUGAGCUCCCUGGAGCAGCCUGAGCCUGGUGGGCGGCCAGCGUCAGACGGUUCCGGUGACACUUCGUGGAAAAGCCCUGGUGGCUCAGCUCAGCCCAGCAGCUCAGCCACAGAAUCCCAACUGCAACUGUCUUCUCUUCACCUCGAACCCAGGGCCAGAAUGAAGGUCCUCGGCCGGGAGAACAGCUUCGAGAAGCUGGAGGCAGAGACCAAUGUUGACACCGGAUUCACCGUGGUCAGUUCUGAACCCAGGCCAUCUUUUGCGAGCAGAUUUCCUAGGAAUCUUCAGACCCACCAGCCACCAUCAUGCUUGUCAACCUCUUUCUCAGGGUCAGCUGCUUCCAAAAACAACAGGAUCUUUAAGGAAAGGGUUCACCCCCUGUCACUUGCUGGCCAAAGGGAGCUUGGUGCUAAGAAGAUACUCUCAGAAUGUCCCCUUCCUCUGCCAGUCCAGGGUGAAGCAAAAGAAGCAGAAGAAGAAUUCUUUAUAUAGCAUAAGACGACUGUGGUUUUCUAAAACUCGAGAUCAAAUAGGAUGUUCUAGAAAUGGAGCACCGACCCAGAAUAAGCCUGUUUCUUGUUCAUCUGAGGGGGCCUGAAUGUGAGCCGUGCAUGGAUUUGCAUCACUUCUAUUUCAAAUAUUCCAAGUUUAGUGGCACUGGGCGGUGUUGACGAGUGGUUUGCUGUUGUGGUCAUGAGGGAACGCAGCGAAUGCACAGGGAAAAAAGCCCAAUGGCUCAGAUCCUUGGGGACACUCUAACCUAGCUGGAUGUGUUGAGUUCAGCAUCUAUCAGGAUAAUUGCAUUGUAUGCAAACGAGUCGGAUGUGUUAUGCAAUGCUGAUUAGUGACUGUAAUUUGGUUUUAAUUUUUAUUUGGGUUGCAUAGCUCAUGCCCCUGGGACAGCAUUGGACUAUUUAUUCUUUAGUGUUUUUUUAAUUUUUAUGUGACCUCAUUCGGUAACUAGGUCCUGUUCACCACGAACCCUCCAGUGAUUUUUGCCUUGAAAGUUGUUUGCAUCUGGAAUGAAUUAACAUGCAAAAUGUUUUGAAAAUUGCAAACAUUUUUUUUCCCCUGUUUAAUGAGCAGUAAUCCUGGAAGCCAAAAAAAUCAGGUUAAAAGUGAAAGCUAGGCUCCAGGGUUUUCUCGAUCCUCCAUUUCUUGUUUGUUUCUGUACUACUCUAGUGGGGCCAGUGGUUCAUAUAAUUAAGUAGAGAGGAGUGGGACAUGACUGAGCAACUUCACUUUCACUUGUCACUUCCAUGCAUUGGAGAAGGAAAUGGCA